GUAUACUAUAUUAGUAUCCAGUCGCGAGUGUCGAGUAGCGCACGGUCCGUACACACGACAUUGAAUCGCAAGACGCGAAUUGCCUAUUCAGCCACUAUAGGCUAAACAGAUCAAACUUUUACGAAAAUGUCUGAAACAAGUGAUGAUGAAACUAUAAUUUUGUACUAUUUUUAUCGGAAAUAAAGAAAUCGUCGUAACAGAAGAUACUGGGUUCAUCCGUAUAUAGAGAGAAACAUAAAGUGCAGACUGUUUGUAGCUGCAAAAGAAUUACAACAAACAGAUGCGAAAUUCCUAUCAUUGUACAGGAUGUCCAAAGAGAGGUAUACACAUUUAGUGGAGUUACUUGUUCCACAUAUACACCAGAGAGAUACACACAUGAGAGAGUGUGUGAGCGCAGAGGAAAGGAUUCUAAUAACAAUCAGGUAUUUGGCAACUGGCGCAACAUUCACAUCGAUUUCCUUAUAUUUUGCUCGAGGAGACUCUACAGUAUCAAGAAUAAUUGGAGAAAUAACAGCAAUCAUAUGGGAUGCCUUGAAAGACAUUUAUAUGCCAACACCGGAUAAAAAUCAAUGGAAAAUAAUAGCACAACGUUUUCAUUUACUAUGGAAUUUGCCUAAUUGUUUGGGUGCUCUAGAUGGAAAGCACAUAAGAAUAGAAAAGCUACCAAACUCAGGAUCGCUUAACUUCAACUACAAGUCGUAUCAUUCAAUUGUUCUCAUGGCAUGCAGUGACGCUGAUGGCCUCUUUAUAUACAUCGAAACAGGAUUUGCUGGCAGGAACAGUGAUGGUGGUAUAUUUCGUGCUUCAGCAAUCAAACAUUUCAUUGAAGGGGACAAUCUUGAUCUUCCUACUCCUUUACGAUUACCCAAUGAUGAUAACAACUACAAGUUUCCAUUUUACUUUGUCGGAGAUGAAGCGUUUCCGCUAUUGCAUUAUUUGCUACGGCCAUAUCCACAAAGAGUACUUGAUAAUACGAAAAGAAUAUUUAACUAUAGAUUGAGUAGAGGAAGGAAGACUGUAGAAUGCGCUUUUGGGAUGAUGACGGGAAUGUUUCAGGUUCUAAGCACUGCGAUAAGAUGCCACGACAAUAUAAAGAUUAAUAAUAUUGUAAAAUCAGUAUGUAUUUUACACAACUAUGUUAGGAAAAGAGAAGGGCUUCCAUAUCGUGCGUAUGAAGAAAAUUCCAAUAGUACACAUGGUAUAAUACAACCUCAGCAAAUUCAAUUGAAUGCGCAGUCUUCUCCAAAACUAUUUAGCUAACUACUUUCUUAAACCUCAGGUAGGACUCCCAUGGCAAUAUAAUUGUAUUGUAUAAAUUUUGUUAGUCUGUUUAAAUAACAAAAUUCUGUAAAUGCAAAUAAAUAUUUUACUGUACCACACACCAUUAAGUACUGUAGCAAGUUCUAUUUUCUAAUUUUAACUAUUAAUUUAACAUCAGAUAUUCCCUGUGUUCUGUUUAUGGUUUAGUGGAUACGGAUAUCUGGUACAUUACUAGUUAGUAGCUAAUCAUGAUCCUAGAUCACAAUAACAUGGGUAAUCCGGCGGGUUACAACAUCGGCUAUCAUAAUAAAAUGUACACAAAAUAUCGUGUAUAUGCGUAAAAAAAUCUUAAUAAAAAACAUACUGC